AUGCAUACCAAGAGCUCUAGAUUUGACGGGCCGCCUCCGAUGGGCGCAACAGACGCCAAGUCGCACAAGUCGUCCGAGAAACCGCAGCCCCCGCAGGUGGUUCGCAAGAUCCCGACGUCGGAUGUGGUAUCGGUGCGAGUUGCCGUACAGGAUGUGGCCACGGCGGCUGUCGGUGGCGUCGGUAAACACCCCGGUCACCACCAGCAUCAUGCGCGUAAGCCGUCGGCGCCGCCACCUCCGCCUCGGUCGCCGGUCAUAGACGAGAACACCCAAGCUCCUCCCAGCGCCGAACCCGUCGUGUUAAACUCCCCGGAGGUGACUAGGCGCCGAACUGCCAGUGCGGACAGCAUGGCCUCGCGUAUAAGGUCAGGCUCUGAAAGCUACUACAUCGACCGUGAGCUCGAGAAGCAGGUGUUCCCCUACGGGCCGCAUACGCCCAAGAAGACAGAUUACGCCAAACUGCCGCGCCCUGCGAGCCACAUUACGGACGUCAAUGACGAGCUUGGCGACGACCAGAUCUCGCCCAUGAAGUUAUUUUUGGGACAGCAGGCGUCGGACGUCAGCGUGUGCUCGGAGCGCUUUUUGAGCACAACGCUGCAAGAGAUUCCGUUAUACGGCGAGACGUUGACCCGCAUCAAAAUCCCGUUGGCCGCUGUGGUACAGCCGUUCGCUGAGGAAAUAGACGGUAAGGUUCCUGUGGUGGACCUUGUCGCUGCCAUCGGUGAGGAGAGCCUUACGAAGCAGAAUUUGAUCCGCUGCCCGCGUUGCCAGGCCUACUUCAACCCGGCAAUGGAGGACGACUACAGGCUGAACUACCGGAUUUGCAACUUCUGCUACAGCGGGUUCAUGCUGAACGAAGCGGAGUCUGCCGCAUUGGCCCAGUUGAAGGGCAAAGACACGGACAAAGCCCGUGCCGCUCCGAUAAUGCACGGCAGCGUCGAUUUCGUGGCACCUCUGCGCUACUACGUACCCGACCUCACCGAGGAUGUGACGAUAACCGAGCAGCUGACAUCUCUGCUGUCACGUGCCAGUGAGCUCAAAUCGAUGAUCCCAUUGCUGAACAAUCCCUUAUCCCCGAAGAACGAUCUCGUGUAUUCGGCCUACGAUGUCAAAGAUUUGAGUCAGCAGUUCGAAGGAUUAGGUCAUACAGCCCACCCGCACCGUGACCAUCUGGGAGAAGGGAUGGCUGCCGAUGAGCCCUCCUCCGAAAUGCCAGCGGAGGCUCCCACCGUUUCGGUGCUACAAAACCCGGCCAGCGUGCCAUCCCAACCGGCGUGGAAGAAGCGAAUUGUGCGCAAGCCCGCUUACGUGAUUGUUGUGGAUGGCACAGCCACAUCGGUCAAGAUGGAUCUGCGCAACUGCGUGUUGCAAGGCAUGCGUUCUGUGUUCGAGGAAUGCGCCGCCUCCCGCUCCCCUGUGAGGUUCUGCGUCAUCACAUUCGACUCCGUUGUGCACCUGUACUCCCGGCGCCGCGGAUUCUUCCAAGUGAACAUUGUUUCUGAGGUGUGGGAUAACUUUUCGCCCAGCUGUGCAGACGAGCUUUUUGUCGAGUUUGAUGGCACCAACCUAGAGGAUGUUACCAGCUAUUUGGACAAGAUUUCACGUGUCGACGUGGCUGCGAGCGCCUCGUCAUCGUGUGGUAAUUUUGCGCUAUCCGUGGGUGUAUCGCUGCUCGCCGAUGCCAACACGCCAGGAACUGUCUGCAUCUUCUACGCUCAGCCCCCAGAGAUGGGCCUGGGUUACUUCUACAACCCAGUGCCAUCCUCUGACUUCAGCAUUGAGGAGUCGUUGAAGAUGUUUUACGACGGGAUUAUACAGCAGUGCUACGAGAACGGCAUCGCAGUGGACGUAUACCUCUGCGCGUCUUACGAACGCAUGGCAGGGGAUGUAUGCUUGCAGUAUGUGAGCCAGCAGACGGCCGGUCUCGGUUGCAGCUUCCCCGCGUUCGACGCCACGUCCGACGGCCAGAAGAUUGCCAAGAACCUGGCUCGACUGUUCACCGUGCCCCACGCGUACAACUGCGAGUUGAAGCUGCGCUGCAGCAAGCCCAUCGAGGUGGAGGAGAGUUACUGUCCGUUCCACAACACCCGCGCGUUCAUUGACAAGGCGACCCUGCGAGUGCCCAGACUCUCACCCGACACCGCCAUAUGCUUCGCUCUGGGCAUGGACGACCUCAUCCGCGACAAGGAAAAGCUGUUUGUGCAGUUUGCGUGCAUGUAUAACUCCAGCGUGGACGGCCGGAAGCUGGUGCGGGUGCAUACGCAGUCUAUGACCGUAUCUACGCGCGUGAACAUCAUAAUGAAGGGCGCCCGCUCCGACACCCUGGUUAACUACUACGCGCGCAAGAUGGCUUAUAACAUGAUACGUUCCGGCACGGAUGCGAGGAAGUCUAUCAAGGAGGAAUUUGUCAACAUACUGUGCAGCUACCGUCAGCUCUGCGCCCCCUCCACGCCUGACAACCAGCUGAUUCUGCCCGAGAACAUGAAGAACAUGCCGGCGGCGCUCAAUGCACUGUUCAAGAUGUACAACAGCGACGAAUUCAUAUACGACUACCUCCAGAAGAUGCUGCGUACGCUGCUCGCGCCCAUCGGCGAGAGCAUGUACACGUACCCCCAGUGCUACUGCCUGCAUCGCAGCGUGUACGACGAGCACAAAGAGGGAGUGCCUGAAGGCGGCUGGAAGUUUGCGUGUCUCGCGGUGCCGUCGUCCGCCACGGAAAUUUAUAGUGAUGGUAUGUACCUGAUCGACGACGGCCAGAAGCUGGUGCUCUUCUUCGGACCUCACGUGCGCUGGGGACUUCUGCAGGAGCUGUUCGGCAAGGAUCUGCUGCUGAACGAGGCUACCGCAGACAAACUGAGCAUCUCCAACGACACUGAAACGGGCCGCGACCUUCUAGACGUCGUCAGCCGCGUGCGCGCUCUACACAACGGAGGCCAGUUUUUGAGCCUCAAGAUUAUGCCGUACUGCUCGCGUCACCGCCGCAUCCUCAAGCUACUCAUGCUCGAGGACGAGGCUUACGGCGAGUCGGGCUACGAAGACUUUUUGGUUUCGAUGCACCGGCAGAUUAAGCAUCUCAUGGAGAGCCGGGUCGGCUGA